AUGGCACUGUCUCUCAUCCAAGCGUGCCGCAGCCUGGCGCUCUCAACAUGGCUGCUUUCCUUUUGUUUCGUGCAUCUGGUCUGCCUGGACUUCACCGUGGCCGAGAAAGAGGAAUGGUACACCGCCUUCGUGAACAUCACCUACGCCGAGCCCGCGCCGGAUUCCGGGGCCGGGGCGGCGGGCGGCGGCGCCCCCGCCGAGCUGCACUCGGAGAAGACCGAGUGCGGGCGCUACGGGGAGCACUCGCCCAAGCAGGACGCCCGCGGGGAGGUGGUCAUGGCCAGCUCGGCCCACGACCGUCUGGCCUGCGACCCCAACACCAAGUUCGCCGCCCCGGCCCACGGCAAGAACUGGAUAGCCCUUAUCCCCAAGGGCAACUGCACCUACAGGGAUAAGAUCCGGAACGCGUUCCUGCAGAACGCCUCCGCCGUGGUCAUCUUCAACGUGGGCUCCAACACAAACGAGACCAUCACCAUGCCCCACGCAGGUGUGGAAGACAUCGUGGCAAUAAUGAUUCCUGAGCCCAAAGGGAGGGAGAUAGUAAGCCUGCUGGAGAGAAACGUCACUGUGACAAUGUACAUCACCAUUGGGACCCGGAACUUGCAGAAAUACGUGAGCCGUACCUCGGUUGUGUUUGUAUCCAUCUCCUUCAUCGUCCUCAUGAUCAUUUCCCUUGCCUGGCUGGUCUUCUAUUAUAUCCAGAGGUUUCGAUAUGCAAAUGCCAGGGACAGGAACCAGCGUCGACUGGGAGAUGCUGCAAAGAAAGCAAUCAGCAAGCUUCAGGUCAGGACCAUCAAGAAGGGUGACAAGGAAACGGAGCCGGAUUUUGACAACUGUGCUGUUUGCAUUGAGGGGUACAAGCCCAACGAUACCGUCCGGAUCUUGCCCUGCCGGCAUCUUUUCCACAAGUGCUGUGUUGACCCCUGGCUCCUAGACCAUCGCACCUGUCCCAUGUGCAAGAUGAACAUUCUUAAAGCCCUAGGGAUCCCGCCCAACGCCGACUGCCUGGACGACGUGCCCAUCGACUACGAGGGAUCUCUGGGAGGUCCGCCCACCAACCAGAUCACAGGCGCGAGUGACACGACUGUAAACGAAAGCUCGGUCACUUUGGACCCUGCUGUCCGGACUGUGGGAGCCUUGCAGAUCGUCCAGGACCCAGACCCCACCCCUCAGGAGGGAGAAAUCAUCUUCACCACCAACAGUGAGCAGGAGCCGGCUAUAAGCAGUGAUUCUGAUAUCUCACUGAUCAUGGCGAUGGAGGUUGGACUGUCUGAUGUAGAACUUUCCACCGACCAAGACUGCGAAGAGGUGAAGUCUUGA